AUGCUCUCCAUGACGUACAGCGAGAGCCUGCGCAGCGUGGCCAGCCGGCACCCCCCCGAGUGGGGGCUGCCGCCGGCCCCCCAGCCGGCAGACACGCUGGAGCUGCGGCGGCUGCGGGACGUGCGGGCGGCGGCACGGGCGAAGACGCUGGAGGAGUUCCUGCGGAUGCACGGGCUCUCACUGGCCGACAGCACCGCCCGCACCACCGGCAUGAAGUACAGGAACCUCGGGAAGUCUGGGCUGCGCGUGUCCUGCCUGGGCCUGGGGACAUGGGUGACUUUCGGAGGGCAAAUCACAGAUGAGAUGGCGGAGCAGCUGAUGACUUUAGCCUAUGACAAUGGCAUUAAUCUCUUCGACACAGCAGAAGUCUACGCCGCCGGCAAGGCCGAGGUGGUGCUGGGGAACAUCAUCAAGAAGAAAGGAUGGAGACGGUCCAGCCUGGUCAUCACCACCAAAAUCUUCUGGGGAGGAAAGGCCGAGACGGAGAGGGGCCUGUCCCGAAAGCACAUCAUAGAAGGUUUGAAGGCGUCGCUGGAGCGGCUGCAGCUGGAGUAUGUGGAUGUGGUGUUCGCCAACCGGCCCGACCCCAACACACCGAUGGAAGGGCACCCAUUUAGUUCCUCCAAGUCCAGGACUUUCAUCAUAGAAGAGACGGUGCGAGCCAUGACCCACGUCAUCAACCAGGGGAUGGCCAUGUACUGGGGGACCUCGCGCUGGAGCUCCAUGGAGAUCAUGGAGGCGUACUCGGUGGCCCGGCAGUUCAACCUGAUCCCACCGAUCUGCGAGCAGGCCGAGUACCACAUGUUCCAGCGGGAGAAGGUGGAGGUGCAGCUCCCCGAGCUCUUCCACAAAAUAGGCGUCGGAGCCAUGACCUGGUCCCCGCUGGCCUGCGGCAUCGUCUCGGGGAAGUACGACGGGGGGAUCCCCCCCUACUCCCGCGCCUCGCUGAAGGGAUACCAGUGGCUGAAGGACAAGAUCCUGAGCGAGGAGGGCCGGCGGCAGCAGGCAAAGCUGAAAGAGCUGCAGGCCAUCGCUGAGCGCCUGGGCUGCACCCUGCCCCAGCUUGCCAUCGCCUGGUGUCUGCGCAACGAGGGCGUCAGCUCCGUCUUGCUGGGUGCCUCCAAUGCGGACCAGCUGAUGGAGAAUAUUGGAGCAAUACAGGUCCUUCCGAAGCUGUCGUCUUCCAUCGUCCAUGAGAUCGAUAGCAUCCUGGGCAACAAACCUUACAGCAAGAAGGACUACAGAUCCUAAGCGCGCGCUUAAGCGCGCCGCCCACCGCGCAGCCCUCGCCGCCCGUUCGCUUGCUUACGCUUUGUUGGAGCAAAGUGGAGAGUGUGGUUUGCACCACGAGCCCAACGCGCCACGAGCGCCGAGAGCCAGC